AUGAUGAUGCAGCAGCAGCAGCAGCCAGUUAUUGUGCUGAACCAGAAGACUGAACGUCAGGUGGGACGAAAGGCACAGAUGAAUAAUAUUGAGGCUGCCAAGACAGUUGCCAGUCUCAUCAGCAGCACACUUGGCCCAUGUGCAAUGCUCAAGAUGAUUCUUGAUCCUAUGGGCGGCACAGUGCUAACAAACGACGGUAACUGCAUUCUUCGUGAGAUUGAUGUGGUCCAUCCAGCGGCUAAACACAUGUUGGAAUUGGCACGGGCACAAGAUGAGGAAGUGGGCGAUGGCACCACAUCUGUUAUUGUGUUAACAGGUGAGAUUCUCAGUCUCGCACAGCCACUGUUGGAGCGCAACAUUCACCCACUGAAGAUAGUGAAGGGAUUCUCCCUCGCCCUCACAGAUGCCCUUGCGGCUAUUGAACAGAUCGCCACAAACAUUGAUCCUAACAGCACUGAACAAUUGGAGAAUGUGGUACGUGCGUGUUUGGGUACAAAGUUUAACUCUCGUGAAGAUGAUCUCAUGUGCAAGAUGGCAGUGGCUGCGACACAGCGUGUGGUGGUAGAGAAUAAGAUCACAGGUAAGAAGGAAGUGGAUAUUAAGCGCUACGCCAAGGUAGAGAAAAUCCCUGGCGGUUCUAUCACCGAUAGCGUUGUGCUGGAUGGUGUGAUGUUUAACAAGGACCACAUUCAUGCAAAGAUGCGUCGCCAUAUUGAAAAUCCACGUAUUAUCUUAUUGGAUUGCCCACUGGAGUAUAAGAAACCAGAGACAACGAUUAACGUGGAAGUUGGACAAGCCACCGAUUGGGAGGCAUUGUUAAAGCAGGAGGAAGAUUACGUUCGUUCUCUCUGUAAUGUGAUCAUCAGCUUUAAACCAGAUGUGGUUAUCACAGAAAAGGGAGCCUCUGAUCUUGCCGCCCAUUUCUUAUAUAAGGCUAACAUUACAUGUAUUCGUCGUCUUCGUAAGACAGAUAAUAACCGUAUUGCCCGUGCCACCGGGGCAACCAUUGUGAGUCGUGUGGAGGAGUUAACAGAGGAACACAUUGGACAUGCGGGAUUAAUGGAGAUUAAGAAGAUAGGUGAUGAGUACUUCACCUUUAUUACUGGCUGCAGUACAGGUACAGCAUGCAGCAUAGUACUCCGCGGUGCCAGCAAAGAUACAUUAAAUGAAAUGGAACGUAACUUACAUGAUGCGAUGUGUGUGGCCCGUAAUAUCAUUCUUGAACCUCGUGUGGUGUACGGUGCGGCUGCGCUUGAGAUGUACGUCUCUCGUUAUUUAAUGAAUCGUGCCAAGACCAUCACUGGUGUUCAACAGGCGGCUUAUCAAGCUGUGGGGAUGGCAUUGGAAGUGGUGCCACGCAUCUUAACAAGCAACUGCGGUGCUAAUGUGAUUCGCACAGUUACCGAACUGCGUGCGCUUCAUGCGGUGGCGAAUGGAGAGUACUGGGGAGUGGAUGGCACGACUGGAGAGAUUGUGGAUGUGCGUGUGUUGAAGGUGAUGGAGCCGGCAGCAGUGAAGGUGCAGGCACUGAAGACUGCGAUUGAGGCCGCGUCUAUGAUAUUGCGUGUGGACGAUGUCGUCUCCGGCACAAAACUGCGGCAUGAGAAGGAAAAGCCCGCACCCGCAGCGGCAGCCAAUGAUGAUGAACAGGGAGAUGCCGCAGCAGAGUAG